AGUGUGUCGUUCGACGCUGAGUUAUAACGUCCGCCACCGUUCCACUGACGAGUGUCGCCUUCACAGCGCGAUAUAAUAAUAUAAUUAUAUAAACAAAUUAUUUUUUUUAUUUGUUUUUUUACGGUCAAAUCAAAAUACGACGAAGAGGUCGACGUUACUACUAUUUUCUUUUGUUAAUUUUUUUAUGCUGGGAAAAGUACACAAUUGCACGAUUCCGAUUUGAGUCCCGCUCGAGAAAUAAAAGCCUGCAGACUUGUUACGCGUAAGACGCAUACCACACCACGCCGAGCGCAUCUUAGCCGUCGUAUCUUUCGCGUGUUACCCCACACGCGGUAAUAUCGACCGGCUGCGGUGAUGUGCACGUUGUCGUUACCGUCGUCGUCGCCGUCGCUCGAUCAGUCCCCGACCCCGACAACGGCAACGACCGUCGUAGACGCGACAACCGCAGCACAAUCAUUAUAAGGCCGCGGCGGUGUAACGCAAACGUCGUAUUGUCAUUAUAACUAUUAUAAUAUAAUUAUUGUAUUCAUCGCGCACGACCCCCCGCGGAUACGACACAUCCAGACGCCAGCCGUUAUAUAAACGGGGACAGACAGCUGGACAGGAGGACUGUGGCCGUCGUUGAGAUAAACGUCUGCAGAUUGUUAUACCUAUACAGCGGAAGCAAACGCGGAAUCUUUGUCACCGUCGUCGUACACCGACCGUUCGCAGACAUGGGUUGUUUCGGUAGCAAAGACAAGUUGUCCAAAGAAGACAUGGACUUCUUAAAAUCCCACACGAGAUACGACGAAGCGACCAUUAAAGAAUGGUACAAAGGUUUCAAAGUAUCUGAGUCAUAUGAUAUGAAUAAAA